UGGGCAAGACGCGCCGAAGAGGAGGCAUGUUUCCAUUCGAUGCUCCCCCAUGAAAUUCAAAGAAAUUGUCGCAGCUCUCGGCGAUACUCUGAAUGGUCAAGUUGUGGCAAAGAAUUUCGGGGGCCUGCUACAGUUCAAGCCUCAUGAACUUGAUAGGCAUUUGCUUAGCUGGCUUAUGCGGAAGCUGAACCCAGAAACAAUGAAAUUAGAGAUUGGUGGUGGAAAAGAGAUAGCAAUCACCGAGCACAGUGUAUGGUGUGUGUUCCAGAUCCCCAAUGCUGGAAGUGACCCACCCCAUAUGACGGACGAUGAAGCUCGUAUUAUUCAGAGGGAGUUGGGAUUGCAAAUUUGUGGUAAUGCGUAUAACCCAAGGUGGGGGUUCAGUGCUGGAGACAUUUUGGAUGGUUUGAACAAAAAGACGCUCAGAGGAAGUUUGGGGCUUAGAGCGUUCUUCAUGUGUGCAUUCCAGUCGCUGCUAUUCUCCAACACUGACGCCUACAUCAGGCUGGAGGAUGUAAAGUACACCGAAGAUUUGGAGAACAUUGGCAAUAGGAACUGGUGCAAAGCAGUAGUUGAUCGUCUUCGGAAAGCUGCUCGUUUGUAUAGAAAGGAUUUCCCGGAGAAAGGUAUUAUGGCACCAAUAAGUGGCUGUGGAAUCUUCCUAAUGAUGCUAUAUGUUGACAACCUGCAGCAUGGAUUAAAUACAAACCCGUUCUCGCUGCCUCGAUGUGGCUUCCUCGACACGAGUACCAUUGAUUCUAUAGCAAACAUGGAUCGCAGGCGAGAUGUUUCCAGUGAGACUGUUGAGUUUGGUAAACUUAUGGUAAGGACUCACACCCUCUUGGCACACAUCCCUUUUCUUUUUUUUGUUCUUUUUUCAGCUUUCCUUUUUGCAACUGCAUUGAAGGCAAAGUUGUUAUUUGUGUACAUACAUCAUUGCAAUUUGUUACCCAUCCAUUCACAAGUUGGUUAACUUUUAUAUUAUUUUUUACAAAAAAAAAAUUGGCAGCUGAGGAGCUUGCCUGAC